UGACGUAAAUGAGUUUGCCGUAAACCAGGAAGUGUUGUUGUAAGGAGCUCUACUCGCAGAAGGAUGGGGCUAUUUAUGUCCAGUAUUUUAGUAUUUUUGUUUAUUUUUUUGGGACAGUAUAAUACAUAUGCUCUUCAGGAUGUAACGACCGACCUUUUCGGUGGCAAAAAUAAUGGGACAGUGGCGGCGUUUGGAGAUUUUAACUCGGAUAAACAGACUGACAUUUUCAUUAUCAGAGAGCAGUUGGAGGUGCUGAUAUUCUUAGCCGACUCUAAAGCACCUUACUUCAAGCCCCAAAUGCUCAUUACUAAAGACGUCCUUCCACGUGACACCAUCAUCACCAGUGUGGUCCCAGGAGACUAUGAUGGAGACUCUCAGAUGGAUGUUCUUCUUACUUUGUCGACACAGACGAGCCCUGUGACCACUGUUGUGGUCUUUUGGGGAAACAACAUGACCUUGGAUAUGGGCGGGUUCCUCAAGCUCAAUAAGACCUUCACAGAUCAACCACUGGUGAUGGAUUUUAAUGGAGAUAUGAUCCCAGAUCUUUUUGGAGUCACGGAACAGAAGUCCAGUGAAGUCUGCUAUCUCACCAAAAGGAUGCCAGUAUGGGUGAAGGCACUGAAUUCAAGUGUUAGCCUGCGCGUCCCUCACUCUAAUGCUUUCAUUGACCUCGACAGGGACUUCAAUGCUGAUUUGUUCCUAACAGCCGAAAACUCUAAAUUUGAAACCUGGCUCAACAAGGACGGGAAAUUCACCAGAGAAGACGUCAUGCCAACCAACCCGCCAGAAGCCGCUGUCAUCGGCCAGUCUGCCUUUGUUGACUUUGAUGGCGAUGGCUCGCAGGACCACCUCCUCCCUGUGUGUUUGGAUCCUGCCUGUAAGCAGAGUAGAGUUUUCCUCGCCAAGUCAAGCACGAAGGAGAAGGAGUGGUUUCAGGUGCCGUUGGACUUCCAGCAAAAGGAAACCCAAUGGGGUUUUGUGCCAGGAAACCUGGAGCAGCCCUUGGCCCUGCACCUCGGGGACUACAACCUGGACGGCUUCCCCGACGCCCUGGUGAUCCUCCGAAACACCAGUGGCAGUGGUCAGCAGGCCUUCCUACUGGAGAACGUCCCCUGUAACAACGCCAGCUGCCAAAGUGUAGGAAGGAUGUUCCACAUCCACUGGGACCAGUCGGAUUUGGGGGCCAUUCAAAAUGCCGUCAUGGCAACGUUCUUUGACAUCUAUGAGGACGGGAUAUUAGACAUGCUGGUUCUCAGCAAGGCGGAAGCCAAGAAGGACUUGAUCAUCCAUGCUUUAAAGAACAACUUUGAAGCCGAUGCCUACUUUGUGAAAGUGAUGGUUCUGAGUGGCCUCUGCUCCAAUGACUGCCCAGACGAUGUUAAGCCGUUGGGUGUCAACCAGCCAGGGCCCUUUGUGAGUUACACCACUGUGGACUCCAACGGCUACCAGAAAAACGCCUCCGGACGACGGUUACUUUGUCUGAAGGUGUUCCUGCACAUCUACAUCACACUGAUUCAUGGCUCCACCUCCUACUGUAACAAUGACAGCUGUCCUUUAGUCGGGCUCAGCACCACAGGGCUUGUGUUUUGGGAGGUCUUUAAGAAAGUGGACAAAGAGAAGAAGUCUGUAUUGAUUUCAUUUUCGUGCUUUGUGUUUUUUUUAUGUAUGAGAAAAUAGCAUUUGUGCCUCAAAGACAAAGACUGAAGCUGAAAGAGGGUUUAAGAAAAAACAACACAAAGAAGGUCCCUCCGAAGAGUGCUGAAAGGAAAAUAAAUCAGUUUGAUAAGCCUGUAAUCCAGGCUCCAUGAUGCCUCUGUAGUGUGUGUGUGUGUGUGUGUGUGUGUGUGUGUGUGUGUGUGUGUGUGUGUGUGUGUGUGUGUGUGUGUGUGUGUGUGUGUGUGUGUGUGUGUGUGUGUGUAGUUCACUUGUUCUGUCUACAGUGAGUUUACGGCUUGUUCGUUGCUGACUUCAUUACGUUGCUACUCCAUUUUACUAUGUCUAUACAGUAAAUGCGACUCUUAUAAAUAUAAACUUUAAUUUAAAUCAUUAGAGGAUAAUUACUACACUAAUAGGGCUUGUCUGGAAUAUUCCCGCUCUCAAUCAAACGUGAAUCCUGUACUUGCUGUGGCAGCGCUGUUUAGUGGAUACACUUUUCUGCAAGGCGUUUAGAGGAAACUACUGUGAAAGCCUACAAAACACUGGAGGCCUUUUUUUUCCUCUGAAGUUUCUUCGACAGUGAAGCAACACUAAACAAGCUGAAGCUUCCUCCUUUUUUUUUUUUUUUUUUUCCUUCCCCCCACAGGACGCGCGUUCGUCGUGCAGCGCUGCAUUUACAGCAGUUGUCUCUGUAUUUGUUGCUAAAUUAUUGGCAAGGAUGAAAGCCACGCAUAGCUGUUAUUUAUAUUUUUUCAGGCCCACGUUGUUCGCCAGAUAUUUCUGCGCCACAUGAUCCUAAAUAAUGGGGAUGGGAAGGUACAUAGGUGGAGAGAGAGACUGCUGCACGGAGAUACGGAGAACAGCGCUGCUGUGUCGUAUUAGACACAGUUAACCUAGUUGAUAGUACGUUGUGGGAAGGACACAGAGCUGGAUGAGGACAAGAUGCACUGACAGCCUAGGGUCAGGGAUAUAUAUAGUUUGUGUGUGCGUGUGCAUCCUGGUGUACAGCAUAUUUCCACUUUGUCGGAUUGUGUUGUUUCAUUUAUUUGUUGGCACAUGGAGUGUAUAUAUAUUUAAAGGAAGAGUCUAACAUAAUUAUUAUUUCACCACCAUUGGACGUCUUAAGCUCCUGGCUAGACAUCAGCUAAAACAAAUCUAGCAAUAGCUGAAGUCACUUCAAUUACUGUAGGUGUGAUUGGACUAUUAACACUAGUUAUUUUGUGUUUAGUGUAAAUAAGUCACGUUUAGAUUCCCCCUCCCCACACACUGUGCUUUAACUAUGCAGUUAAAUGCUCACAGAGUAGCUGUGGGUGUGGGUGGUGCUAUUACUGGACCACCUACACCCACUGGAGGAAGAUGGAGCGAUGCACGAUUCCGCUAAACGUGUGGGCACUGAGUCAUAAAACAGUGAGUGAGUAAAGUGGCUGAAAAAGAUCCGAUGAUGUUCGCUUGCUCACUUGCAACCAAACGCCGCUUUCCCUGGCUGCUUCCGUCCCUUUCUCCCCCCCCCCUCGUCUGUCAGACCUUCACGACCUUCUCGCUGGCAUUAAGAUUCAGCCUCCGCGCCGCUACGAAGGCUCCUGCGAGGUUUUUUUUUUUUUUUUUUUUUUGCAGCUGGCUGCAGGGGUUUGUUCACAUUCAGCUACAAGAGGAUUACUGAGGUCAGACACCGAUGCAGCCUGCACCACGGUUCAUCCAAGAGGUGUCGGAUUGGACUGAGUUCUGGGAUGUGUGCUGGCAAGUCGAGUUCUUCCGCACGGACGUGGGAAAAGCAGCGUCUUAUCGUAACGGGAACAACCCGUGUAUCGGCCCAUCUCUUGGUCAAAUAACACAGGCGGCUCUGAGAACGGGUAUAUUGUGUAGACUUGAGCCGAAAAGAUGCUAGUGUAUCCCGGCUUAUUAUAUCUGCCCAUCAACACUUUCAGCUUAUUUUUCCAGUGUGUGCGUGUGUGUGUGACUGUAACACAUGGAGAGAGAAAUAGUAGCCAAAGGCUUUGCCGGAACAACUCCCCAGACCCCUCAUUUAACAGCAGCAAAGUGCUGCUAUGGAGUGAGUGUGUGUGUGUGUAUGAGAAAGAGCGAGUGGGUGUGUGUGUGUGUGUGUGCGUAAGAAGGAGUGUGUGGGGUGAUUUAAAGUGUAUUUAUUCUGCAGCGUGCAGCUCGGGGAACAGCCAGCGAGGCUGCCAGGGAUGAGCAAUGAUGGGGGGGCGCGCGCAAACACACGCGCGUCCGGGCCUCUCCACCGGGGCCCGGCGAUCUUCACUUACCCUUCACCCCCCCCCCGAAAAGGUGAGAG